AUGGCGUCGGAUCCGGUGGCUGGCGUCAAUGAUCACGACGCUGACAACAAAGCUGACAAUGUAGUUGUUAAAUCCGAACCUGUGGAUGUGGAAUAUGUUGAGGAUGGAGUGAUUCACCCUGCGGUGCCUGCCUGUGGUGAUCCAGGUCUGGCAUCCGUUUCUUUUGGAGACGAGUGUGCUGAUGAUGUUCAGUCUGCUCAAGAUGGGCAUGCGGAUAGCACAGAGUGCUCGAGCUCGUUUGGUGAUUCUGGCUUUGGAUCUGAUGACGAAACUGAAUCAGACACAGGCGCCACUGAAGUGGAUUCGCCGUUUUUUUCACAUAUCAAUGGCGGUGAUACCACCGCCGUGCCACAUAUGAUCAGAAAAGAAAAGGUAUCAGCUGAUUGGAGGAAGUUUAUUGGCCCAGAAAGGUGGCGAUGUCAUUGGUUGGAGCUGCGUAUUAAAGAUCUCUUGUCACAAGUAGCAAAGUAUGACAAGGAACUUGCUUUAGUAAAUCAUGAAAAGUAUCUACAGUUGGAGAUGAUUAAAGCAGAUAGCCACAAAUCAGAACUAUCACAAUUAGAUCUUUCAGGCAAUGAAAGAAAUACUAUAAAUAGGAGGAGAAGGAAAAGAUAUGAAGACUAUAUGGACACCUCAUUGUACAUCAAGAAGCAUCAGAUAUUUUCUUAUUAUAGCCAUGAAAACAGAAAGAGUAGAACAGGAAAUGAAAUGAGUGGAGCUGAUAAUGAGCUUUUGGUUAUUGAUGACCUUAAUAACUUGGAUUCUGAAGACACCAAAAGCAGUUUUGGCAUGAAUGAUACAUUGCUAGAUUCACACAGAAAUAAUACUCUCUUAGAACAACAUUCUUUAAGAGAAAUUCUUUUGGCAAUUGAAUGUUUCCAGUCUCGUAUCAUUAAUCUUAAGAGUUAUCUCAGAGAAGCUUAUAACAAAACAGACUAUACUCAAAAGUCUCAAAAAAAGAAGGAUUUGAAUGGUUUUCAUAAAAUGAAGAAUGUAGGUAGACCAUUUGGUGAAGAUGGAGAUGAAAUUACAGCUGAGGUGCUAUUUGGCGUAAAUAAUCCUCUAAUUAAUCCUCAUAUAGAAAGGAUAUGCAAAGAAAGUAUUGAUGAUGUACUAAUAGAUAAUAAGGCAGCUACUGACGAAGUUUGGCAGUUUGAGAGGGUCAAGAGGAUAGAUGAAACACGUUGA